CUGACUCGGGAUACUCCAGGUUGUAAUGUCUAUCUAACCUGACUCGGGAUACUCCAGGUUGCUGGCCUUGUGUUUGAGUUGGACCUAUUCUUGAGAUAUUUCUGAUGGGACAGUGCCCAGGACUCAGCUGAUGGGACAGUGCCCAGGACUCAGCUGAUGGGACAGUGCCCAGGACUCAGCUGAUGGGACAGUGCUCAGGACUCUGCUGAUGAUGGCAGGACUCAGUUGAUUGUGACGAUAGGUCCAGACAUCUAGUAGAUAGUGCUAAUUAGGACAGAUGACACCAAAUAGGGACGGGUGACAUUAAUUAAUAGGACAAGUGGCACUAUUUGGGACAGGCGACAUAUCCAGGGAAUCAAGGGAUACAGAUUGCAAUGGAUUGCUACACAAGCCACAGACAUGUGCCGUUAUUUGAUAUCACAGAGGUACGAUCAUUCAGUAAAGAUGAUCCGACACAACCCAGCCUGAAACUUAUAGGUAUACAUUUUAAAGGCCAGGAAUCGGCCACUGUCAAUAUUUUUAAUGCCAAGUAAUGUGAAUUACAAAAGGAACCUAUAUGCUGGAGUGGCUUCUAAUCUUAAGGAAAAUUAAUGGAACGUGUUACCUAUGUGCUAUGGGCCUACCUGAGUUUACCUGAGCUUUGUAUACUUGUCUGUUUGCAUUGAUUAUAUAUAAUUUGAGCGGAGCAUGGCAGAUAGGCCUUACACCAGUCAGGUAUCGGAGCUGGGCCUGUUAACACUAGCACUAGUGGGCUUCACCGCCAACCUUUUAACACUCCUGUAUAAAGUGUCACGCGAGUUCUCCCUCCCUAAACUCUGGAAGUACGCCCUCCUCACUAUCGACAUAGCACAUCUAUUUGUGGGAGUGGGCUUAAUCUUAUUUUUUGUCUUCCAAAAAACCAGUGCAAGUGAAGUUUGUUCAGCAGCAGGAUUUUUUGUACAGUUUGGGAUAUUCGAUAGUGUUUGUGGUUUCCUGACAGCUGGCAUUAUACUGCUAGGGAUAUACAACCCUGGCAAGUCAUCACAGAUCUCCUCUUUUCAUCGUAACGUGUUCCUGGUAGUGGUCAUCCCACAGAAGAUCAUCUCCAUCCUUCUGUCCAUUCUGCCAGUCAUCCCCAUUGAGUUCUUCACCACUAUAGCUUCACACACUGUCACCUGUUUCAAGAUCAGCAAGCCUGGAGACACUGGGGACAAGUUUGGCAUCCUUAUUUUCUUUAUAAUAUGGAUCGCUUUAUGUCUAGCGACAAUAACAUUUGUGAUAAGUGCAGUUAAGAACUGGAAGGGUUUUAACAACCGGAUCCAUUCAGCCUCUCCUAACGUGUGGCAGGCUCAGCUGUUGCAGCAUGGCAAGACACUGCUGAAGUUUCUUCUGUUUGAGGACUGUGUGUGGCUUGUGGUGCUGGUCAUUGUGACGAGCACUGUGUACAGUGGUGGCGAGGAUGAGCAGUCUGCAACCUGGACAGUGUACAUAACAUUAGGUGUAGUGACCAUCAUCCACUGGGUUGUGUCAGUCAUACAGUGUGCCAUGUGGACUUCCUGUUGCUGCAAGUCGUCGACUGCUGUGGAGGAGACACAUCGCAAACUCAAGCGUCUAGACCUCAUCAAGAUAGAAGCUCCAGGGAAGAUCCGUCUCCGAGUAUUAUGGAACAUCUCCAAAGGAACGGUGAAGCGUGGUCUGAUGAAGGUGUAUGGGCCACGACACGUGAAGACAUGGGCACAGGAAAUAGUGGUACUGGGCAUGCUCAGAAAGGCUCAGCAUCCUAGCCUGCUCCAGUGUCUGUGGACAAGCAGCUCCAACCCUUACUAUGAGACGAUGACCUUGAUCACGGGUGAGGUCAUCACCAGUGACUCUAGGAUCAUUUGUCUGGAGCUGACCAACAACGGAACAUUACAGGACUUCCUGUACCGCCUGGACACUCCCCUACCUGAGACAUGUCAGAGGAUGAUUGUACAUGAUAUUGCUGAAGGACUCAUGUGCUUACAUGAGCAGAACAUUCUCCAUGGCAACCUCUCAACAGCCUGUGUCUACCUCAAAGGCUCCCUCCCUAGCAUGGUAAUGAGGGCAGCCAUUGGAGACUUUGAGGAUUCUCAGAUAUAUGGUUCCAUACAUCAAAAUGGUGACACAGUUACCCUGGGAGACAAGAGGCACUUUUUCCUUCCUGACAUUCGGUCGUUUGCUCUGGUGGCGUUGGAAGUAGUAUCCAAGAUGUGUGAGAAACGUUUCCUCAGUAUGCAAUACCAGUGGGACCAACAAGUGGCCAAUGAGCCACAGACAUACAGUGAAGCCAAUCAGGGCCCUGGUUAUAGCCCUGCUGUUCAGGCCUCAGCCAAUCAGGUUGGUGAUUACAUGGAGGUUUAUCACAGUGAUUCUGAUGAAGAGGACAAUAUGCUGUAUCAUAGAAGACGGCAACCUCCUGGUGUGCAAUCCCCAGGCGAGGUCAUUGAGGAAAUCGGUCGACGCAGUCGCAGCAUGUCACCCCGGAGUCGUCCCCAGUCGGCUCAGUCCAAUAAGAGUCGGUCGCGGACAUUGUCUCCUGACAAUAGUCGUGGCAAGUUCCUCAACUCAGUGCAGACAAACUAUCCCAGUCGAUUGAGUACUCCAGACUCUAAUGUUAUCUCUCCUGAGGACGAGUACCCAUGUUUACCUAAAAACACACCAGAUGGUCUGGUAUCUAAAGAACGCCCUUUAUCACCAGAGCGACCAUCAUCAGGCAAAAAAUCACCAGGGCGACCAAAGACUCCCUCAAAGAAAUCUAAAAAUAAGGAUCAAGCAUUUGAGGCAUUUGCUUCUGAAGGUAAAAAGAAUAAGUUAAAAGGUUUGAAGAAAAUUGACAGUAAAAAAUGGCUAUCUAAGCCUGGUUCACUGAUACGGACGUUGACUGGAGCAGAGACAAGUGUGUCUGUGUUCAAAUCUAAAGAGUUAAGAGACGAUGACGCAGAGGAAAUAGAUGAUGAGGAAAUUGACUAUGGGCCACUUAGAAUGAAACAAGCAUUAAUGGCUCGCAAUGAUUCCUCAAACUCCAUCACAUUUGAGAAAGAUCGGUAUUUACACCGCUCCUCAUCUAAGCAGAGUGACCAGUGGAGUAUCCUUAGUGACAUGGAUUACGGCACAUCACAUGGACUCCGCAAAACUGUGUCGACAGACUCGCGUUCCUCCAUGUGGUCUAACCUACCCCUUCCUGUGGAGAUGAUAGACAUUGAAGGGGGUGGGGAAAGGGAUCGGUUUGAGACUAUGGUAAGUCAGUUACCAGGAAUGACUGAUUCUUUAGACUAUCACCCAGCGUCAAGCAGGGCCAGUGAUAACUGGAACCCAAAGUUUAAUGGAGCAUACAAGCCUGGGUCGUACUGGAGACACGAUGGGCCUGGGCCCUCACAGUUUGAGCUAGUGGAUUACUAUGAUGAACUACAAGGGAAAUAUGUUAAAAAAUUACAGCUCCGAGCGGGUAUCAAUCGGACACUGUCGGGAUCCCAGAUCGUGGGGACCCCUGUCCAUCGAACUUACUCCGGGACCCAGAUUUUACACAAAACCAGUUCUGGGUUACAGGAGAUUCUUGAGCAGGCAGAAAGUAUGGAUGAAGACGAGCCACCACAACCCAACAACCAAAACACUACCAACGAUCAAACCACUGCAAAGUCCAUUGACCACAGCAAAUCACAGCCUGUGAAAAAGUUGAAAGCUAAAAUACUAAAAGAGGUAAAAUCUGAAAAACUUUUACGUUCAAAGUCUUUGGAUCGAAUUACUCCACAAAAGAAAACACAAAAAUCAAAAGAGUUGUCCAAAAAUGAACAGCGACAAGUUGUAGCAGCAACUCCCGAGCCAAAUAUCAACCCAGAAAUCUCUGCUCAUAGGAGAGCUCGCGCGAGGAAGGCUCUAAAAGGGGCCCUGGGUAAGGGUAACAUGCCCCAUGUGUUUCCCCUACAAAGGGAUUCCAAGCGUGGACAGAAGCGAGAAAUGGAAGUAAAAUAUGCAAGUGUUAAAAAACUUCAAACUCAGGGUAGCAAUGCUGACACAAACACAGAUGUGAAUAUAGACAUGGACUAUGAAGCAGAUAGAGAUGAAUCAGGUGAGAAAUAUAAAGAUUCUGAUACGUCUUCACAGAGAUUGUGUGAUUCGUUUGUAUUGACCAGUGAUGGAUGCGACCGGCCGCAGGCCACCACCGGUAUCCGUAAGUAUCACAGCUUCAGCAGUAAUGACAGUACCAGUAGUCUGGGCUCCAGUAUACGCCUUAAGAAGGCAGAUGUGUCGCUCACAAGUGGUGAGCUCACAUCGCUGUCCUCACAGGCAGACCAUGAUAUUGACGAACAAACUGGGCGUGACCCAGAUUUACCAUCUAAAGAAGUGCUUCUACGAAGAACUAUGCAAAACAAAGCCAAAGUUGUUGACAGUGGUUUUGACAGUGAGAGUAGUGAGGUUUCCUCCGAUGUGUAUGGACAUCAUCAGCAUUACAACUUCUCCUCAGACGACUCGGCCUACCCCGACCACAGGGACCGUCGGGUACUUAGGAAACCAUUCCGUAACACAUUAAAGAAACCAGUUGAUAGUAAUGAGUGGCAAAUGUCUGAGAAAGCAUUCGUCAUUACUGGUUUCAGUACAGAAAGUAUGAACAAGCUGGACACCAUCAGCCCUGAUACUGUUGACGGACGUGGUGCUGUACAAGAUACUUUUGCUGAGGAACAUGUUCCUAAGGAAUAUGUUGUCAUAGAUAGUGUGGUGAGAGACAAGGAUUUCCCUAAUGAUGUGUCAGAUGAGGAAGUGUUGGAAGAUGAUUUAAUGAAUUCUCAGGGAAAAUCGAGAAUCAUCCAGGUGUCUGCUGCCCCAUUAACUGUCAUGAGUAUUGACCAGAAGGCGUUUCAGGAACAGAUCUUCGACAACAGCCCAGUUCCUCCCCCACAACCCAAAACACCAACCCCUAUUGAGGAUCGACCACCAACACCUGGAAGAUCAGGGUACAGACAACCCAAGUCUGCCCCUUCUAUAGAGAACAGACCACCAACUCCUGGACGAUCCGUUCAUAACCGUCCCAAAACUCCCCUCAGGAAUACGAAUGACCAGCUGGAGGUCAAACCCAACAUGCAACAUGCCAGCCCCCUAGUGGCCAGUAAACGGUACCGGGAGUUGACUAUGAAAGGAGUUCCCCUACGGGUGUCAGUCAUUUCUGCAGAUGGAGAGGAAAAGUGUGAUGAGAAAACAAUGGUCGAUAGUGAGAAGGAGAGAUUAAAAGAAAUAAAUGAUGAACUUAUUGAUAACCAAACAGAUGAUCAGAAACUCUUUGAUCAUUUAGAAUCAAAUGGUUUCUUCCAUUUGCCUCCAAAGAAAAUCAAAGAUAGACCUCUGUCUAGUGGUAUCUUUCCUACAGCUCAUGUGUCACGGAGAGAUCACCAUUUGAAGAAAAAACGAGGUAGACCCCGUCCCCAUAGACUCGCUCUGGAUGAGAUUAUUCGUGAACUCCCAGAGGACAAAAGUCCUUCACCACGACUCCUUUCACCAACUACUAAUAUUAUAUCCAAAGACUCCUUCAACAGUCAUUCCGGGAGUGAGGCCAUGCUCAACCAGCCUUCCUCCAUGGAUGAGUCUGAGAGUGUCCACCUGAGUCCGGCUCACUAUGUGUCACCUUUAGCCAAUCAACCAUCAGUUGUGGUGGAUGCAGAGCUAUACAUAGAUCGUGUUUACUCUCAAACACAAACCUUGGAUCCCAAACCACGACCUGUACAUAUGAUGGACCCAGACUUUGAUGUUCAAAUCACCCCGGAAAGCAAGGGACUUUCCACCGUCUCCUAUUUACCUGCAGGUCAAGAGUCACGUAGGGAGGGUCAGAUGGGCCGGGAGGUGGAUUUGGAUGAAGAUGAGGAUGAAGAGGUGACUCUACUGAGUGGGAUGGAUGACAAGCACAUCAUCAACUGUCAAAAACUUACCUCUGACAUGCAUCUGCUCUCCUUCAAUGACCUCCUGCCAGCAAGGAAGGAAAACUUUGAGAUCCUAAAGGCUAAGCUAUAUGAGGGUGGACAACUGGGCAAUAUUGGUUUCCAGCUCCUGGAGGUCAUAGACAAGUGCUGGCUGAGUGAGUUACCACCCUCCUCUUCUGACCUUGUCACACAGCUACUAGAUCCAGUUGCAGAGACAGAACUUUGAUUGGUGGAUGUCAGAAAAACAGGCUUAUGAUUGGCUUGUUGGAGAAACAGGCUUGUGAUUGGUGCACAUAGAGAAACCGGCUUGUGAUUGAUGAUAGAUAAAUGGGAAUGUGAUUGGUGAUGGUCAAAAGUAGUUCUGAUUGGUGAUUGUGAGAGAAGAGAGCUUGUGACCCAGGUCAACAUCACAUUUUAUUUUCCAUGAUGCCUUACUCUGUCCCUAGUAACAUGAUGCCUUAUAUACUCUCCGUCCCUUGUGCUAAGCAUAACCUUACUCUCCGUCCCUAAUAACAUGUGCCUUACUCUCUGUGCCUAGUAACAUUGGUACCUUACUCUCCGUCCCUAAUAACAUGUGCCUUACUCUCCAUGCCAAGUAACAUUGGUACCUUACUCUCUGUCCCUUGUAACAUUUGUACCUUACUCUCCGUCCCUUGUAACAUUGGAACCUUACUCUCUGUCCCUUGUAACAUUGGUACCUUACUCUCCGUCCCUUGUAACAUUGCGAUUGGUACCUUACUCUCCGUCCCUAGUAACAUUGGUACCUUACUCUCCGUCCCUAAUAACAUGUGCCUUACUCUCCGUGCCUAGUAACAUUGGUACCUUACUCUCCGUCCCUAGUAACAUUAAUUGGUACCUUACUCUUCGUCCCUAGUAACAUUGUACCCAUUAUACUUUCCAUCUCUAGUAAUAUUGGUGCCUUACUCUCCGUGCCUAGUAACAUUGGUACCUUACUCUCCGUCCCUAGUAACAUUGGUACCUUACUCUUCGUCCCUAGUAACAUUGUACCCAUUAUACUUUCCAUCUCUAGUAAUAUUGGUGCCUUACUCUCCGUCCCUAGUAACAUGGUGCCUUAUAUACUCUACAUCCCUUGUGCUAAGCAUAACUGUGAUAUUUUGGCACCACACAGUCAUGUAUAUACGUAUAUUUCAGAAUUAUUUUGAGCCAUUAUUUAUACUCAUAUUCCUAACCAGCAUUAGUUGAUGUAAUGGGUUACAAUUUCAUUAUCAGCGUCAACAUUUACGGAUGGACAUGUAUGCCUGUGUAAAACAAAUAUGAAACUAUUGAGAUUUCCUCAAAGAAAUUUCUACCACCUGUGUCAGAAAUCUGCACUAUUUAAGUCAAGUUCCUGUCACUGAAAAAGGUUGUAUCUCAUUAUCAAAAUGUACAUACAACCGUAAUUCAUAUCACGUCACUAAAACAGGUAUUCAAUGGUUAAUAUCAUGUCACAUAC